AUGAGCACCGAUAAACACUGGAUUUCCGAGUUCAUCAAUAUAAUCAUCAUCUUCGUCGUCUUCAAUCAAUUCUUCUACGUUCUCAUCGUCCUCCAUCACUCCGAAAUCAUUGUCUUCUGGCUCUGGACUGUCGUCGAUAUCUUGAUAUCGACUAGGGGAAUAAACCCGCUGAUGUCGUGGAACAUUCUAGUGGCUAGUAUUACAGUCCAUUUGAUUUUAAUUUAUUCAAUUUUCGAUGUUUAUUACACAAGUCCACUCGUUCAUGGAAUUCCUCCACAAUUCAUCAAUAGCCAGAGUUUUCCCGCGAAACGGAUAUUUAUUAUUUCAGCUGAUGGAUUACGAUAUGACACAUUCAACAAGUACCCGAAUAUGUCGCCCUACCUUCAUUCGAUAAUGAACAAUCGGAAAGGCAUAUACGGCCUGUCGAGAUCCCAUGUUCCAACUGAAUCUCGACCUGGUCACGUGGCAAUAUUCGCUGGAAUAACUGAAGAUAUCAGUGCAGUUGCGAAGGGAUGGAAGAAGAAUCCAGUACAAUUCGAUAGUGUUUUUAAUCGAUCAUCGAAUAGUUGGAUGUGGGGAAGUCCAGAUAUUGUGAACCUUUUCGAUGAUCUUCCAAAUGCAAAAUCCUUUUCUUAUUCUUCGGAUGAAGAGGAUUUCGCUUCAGAAGAUGCCUCAAAACUUGAUAAAUGGGUAUUUGAUCAUUUUGAGACAUUCCUUACCUCCGCUUCCACAAACAAUGAGCUAAAAUUGAAAUUGAACGAGCCGAAGAGUGUAUUUUUCUUGCAUUUAUUGGGUAUUGACACGAAUGGUCAUGGGAAUAAGCCACGAUCGAAGCAGUACAUUGAGAAUAUAAGAGUUGUCGACUCUGGAAUCGAAAAAGUGCAAAAACUGGUGGACGAGUUCUUUCCCGAUGGAAAAACUGCUUGGCUCUUCACAUCAGACCACGGAAUGACCGAUUGGGGAUCUCAUGGAGCUGGAAGUGACGAUGAAGUGCUCACUCCUUUCGUUGCUUGGGGAGCUGGAAUUAAGAAAGGAGGACCGAAAUUAGAUGUUCAUCAGAUUGACUUGGCUCCACUGAUUUCUUCGUUGAUUGGAUGUCCGAUUCCAGUGAAUUCAAUGGGAAUUCUUCCAGUUCAAAUGAUGGAUUCAAAAAGUUCUGGAUAUGAAUUCAAGGCGAUCGAGGCAAAUUUCAGACAGCUAAAAGAGCAAAUCACAUUUUUGAAAAAUGCGAAAUCCGGAAGAUUUUGGUUUACUCAAUUCGAAAAAUUCGGUGACAAAGCAAUGGAAUCUCUGAGGAAUACACUGAAUCAUCUUGGUCGAGAUCGUCGUUUCUCUGUUGCCACGUCACUUUUUGCAGAGAAUGCACACUUGAUGAAAGAGGCAAUUGUAUUCUAUCAUCGAUAUGAUCGUCAGAUGUUAGGAGCAGCAGUCAGUUGUAGUUUUAUAGCGUGGAUCGCUUUGGUUGUCUCGUUUUUGAAUGACUCAACAACCAAAGGAACCUACAAACUGCUCAUUCCAAGCCGAUUGUUCACUAUUCCAUUCCUCAUUUCAUUCCUGUUUUCCGUCUACUGUUCUCUGAGUAUUACCCAAUCAAUCUAUAUAUUCCUACCAGUUUAUCUGCUCUCAAUUCUGGAAAAUCACUCACAUUUGACUAGAAAAGCUAGAGAAUAUGCCACGCUUCUGUUUGCAAAAGAUUUUACUAAACUGCGGAUUGUCGAUUCGUUUAUGAAACCAUUCGUAGGAUUUAUUGGGUUCACCAUCACAAUAUGCAUCUUCGUUCUGACAUUCAUGGAUCGAGCAUUUCUCGCCGCCGUUUUCAUUCUUUUGGCGUUCAUUCCUCAGUUUUAUUCCUAUCCUAUAGUUUCUUAUUGGUCAAAAACGUGGAUCCUAACAUGUCUCUCCCUGUGCAUUUUCCCAUUCCUUCCAGCUGUCGGUGUCACAACUCACAUUCCUCUCUGCAUAAUUUCUCCAUUUCUAACCGCGGGGAUCUGCCAUCGACUCUCGAAACGAGGAUGUCUAGCUAGACAAAAACAGUUGUUUGAGUUAAUGGUAUAUGUGCAUUCAGCAGUAGCCAUAUUCAUUACUAUAGUGAAUUAUGGGUUUGAGAAGCCUCCAUCAAUCGCUCGUUGGAUUUCAUGGAUCUCGAUUCCUCUCUCUUUAAUUGCUCCUUCGAUUAUAUCCGGACCAUACUUAGUGGAUCGAUUGAUUGCAUACUCGUUAUGCUUUUAUGUACCCUAUUCCCUUCUAUCCAUCUCAUACGAGUCACUAUUCGUCCUCAUUUUCCUGUUCCUUUUGACACUUUUUGUUCGUUUUGAAUUUGGACAUUUAUCUGAUGUUGAGCUGCUCCAGUUGAAAAUUGAUGCGACGAAAGUCUCCUCCGGUGAAUACGUGGAACUCCGUCGUACUGUUGUCUGCGUCUCUUUCGUGCUCUGCACUCUCUUCGGAACUGGAAAUUUCGCUUCUAUCAAUUCAUUCAAUCCAUCCACUUUGAAUUUAUUCAUUUCGGUGUUCAGCCCGUUUACUAUGGCGAUUCUUUUGGUUCUGAAACUGCUGAUUCCAAUUCUUUUGGUCUCAUCUGCUUUCGCUUCGAUAGUUCGAUUUGAUCGGGAAUCUAUACAAAGGCUAUGCUGCUUUUCGUUGAUUUUCACUGAUUUUAUGUCGAUGUGUUUUUUCCACCAACUCCGUGAUGAUGGAAGCUGGCUUGACAUUGGAAUGAGCAUCUCUCAAUUCAUUGUUUCCAUGUGCAUUUCAUUGGCUCUUUUAAUACUUUUAUCCAUUUCUAGUCAUUUAAUGGCGUUUGAUUUCAGUAGGCGAUCUGAUUCAACUAGGUUUUCACCCGAAAUCGAAUCAAUUUCGAAGCCUCGAAAACUUUCCGAUGACGAAGCUGCUUGA